UCUUCAUCAUAUCAGCGGACGGCCAUACAUGGACAUGGAGUAGGACCGCCUGACGCCUCCUCGCUCUCCAAAAACGAAAGCCGGUGUCUCUCCGUCGCUCGUCUCCAACUUUGACCAGAAGGGAGAAAGAGAAACAGAGAGAGAGAGAGAGUGGAGGGGGGGAAAGACAGUAAAACACAGAGACAGAUAAAGGAAAAUUAGAGAGGGUAAAACAGCAAGCAGAAGCAGAAAGAGGAAAGGGGAGAGAGAGGGAGGUCGGCGAGCUGCAGAUCCAUAAUCUCCACAGCAGAGAAACACUUAGAGGGAGGGAGGCAACACGGGCAAUUCUGUCUAUCUUGCAACUUCAGGGACCAUCAUCACAAUUUAAUAAGAAUUUGAAAGGCUGCGGCUCUGCAACAAAUCUGUCUUCAGAGGGAGAGAGGGUGGGCGAGCCAGCUAGACAGAAACAGAGAGAGAGAGAGAGAGAGAGAGGAAGCAGUAAGUAAGGUGGAGGCCAGACACUAAUGUUUUAACGCUUUCAGAUCUGGAUUUAUAUUUUUGUUUUCUAAAUCCCAGCUGCAAUAAACUGCCAAUAUCACAGAAUAACUUUAUUAUUAUUAUUAUUAUUAUUAUUAUUAUUAUUAUUAUUAUUUGGGGUCUUUUGCGGAGAUUUCAGGAGAAAAUGUUUUGCCCUCAAGAGAGUCUGUGUGUGGAAAUGGAGCGUCUUGUUAUUUAAGAGGAAAAAGUGAAAGAAAAGUUCCUAAUCUGCAGACGGAGGAGGCAUUACCCAGAGUUUCUGGGUUGCAAAAGUGUGUGUCGCCCUGAGGAGUGUCCUGCAGGUGGAGGAUUUGUGCCGGGCAUCAACAGGAAGCUAGUAAAUUAAAAGUGGGACAGGCACACCUGUCGGAUGCAUCGGUUUUCCUGUUGCUUUAUGGCAUCUUUUUCAUGGCUUGACACCUGACUGCCAUCUGACCCCUCCCUCCUCCUCCUCCCCCGUCCUCCCCCUCCAGCCUCAACAUGUCCACCCACCUCCUCUCUCGCUACCCCGACUGUUCGAGGAAAUCAGGGCAAGGAAAGUGAGAGCGAGGUUUUAGUCUGUGCUGCCUCCGUAAAGGCGCCCACGUUUCUUACCUCCUCCCCGACCUCCGAGGACAGAACUUCUCUUCUCACAGGUUGGACGCGCUGAUGCAAGAUGGCGGCCGGCGUGGCGACGUGGCUGCCGUUCGCGCGGGCAGCGGCGGUGGGUUGGCUGCCAUUGGCCAAGAAGACGAUGCCCAAACCUCCAGUGGACAACUCGUCCAGAUCAGAUGAGAUCCUGUAUGUGAACGUCAGCGGGGUCAGAUUUCAGACAUGGAAAAACACUCUGGAUCGUUAUCCCGACACGCUGCUGGGUUCUUCAGAGAAGGAGUUUUUCUACAACGAGGACACGCAGGAGUACUUCUUCGACCGAGAUCCCGAAAUGUUCCGGCACAUUCUCAACUUUUAUCGCACCGGGAAGCUCCACUACCCGAGACACGAGUGCAUCCAGGCCUUCGACGAGGAGCUGGCGUUCUACGGCAUCGUACCGGAGAUCAUCGGAGACUGCUGCAUGGAGGAAUACCGAGACAGGAAAAAGGAGAACCAGGAGCGUCUGGCAGAGGACACCGAAGCCAAUGAGGCCACCGACGCCCCCCUCCCCCCACACAGUACGCCCAGAGAGCGGCUGUGGCGAGCCUUCGAGAACCCCCACACCUCCACCAUGGCGCUGGUCUUCUACUACGUCACCGGCUUCUUCAUCGCCGUCUCUGUCAUCGCUAACGUGGUGGAAACGGUGCCCUGCCAACCUCCGAAAGGCGGCGUAAAAAACCUCCCCUGCGGAGAGAAAUACCAGCUGGCCUUCUUCUGCAUGGACACGGCCUGCGUACUCAUCUUCACCUUCGAGUACCUGAUGCGCCUCUUCGCCGCGCCCUCCCGCUGCAAGUUCAUGCGCUCGGUGAUGUCGGUGAUCGACGUGGUGGCCAUCAUGCCUUACUACAUCGGCCUGGUGAUGCCCGAGAACGAGGACGUGAGCGGCGCCUUCGUCACCCUGCGAGUUUUCCGAGUCUUCCGGAUCUUCAAGUUCUCGCGUCACUCGCAGGGUUUGAGGAUUUUGGGCUACACGCUGAAGAGCUGCGCCUCCGAGCUGGGCUUCCUGCUCUUCUCCCUCACCAUGGCCAUCAUCAUCUUCGCCACCGUCAUGUUCUACGCCGAGAAGGGCACCAAGGGCUCCACCUUCACCUCCAUCCCGGCCUCCUUCUGGUACACCAUCGUCACCAUGACAACGCUCGGGUAUGGUGACAUGGUUCCAAACACCAUCGCAGGGAAGAUUUUCGGUUCAAUCUGCUCGCUCAGUGGUGUGUUGGUGAUCGCCCUGCCUGUCCCCGUCAUCGUUUCCAACUUCAGCCGAAUCUACCACCAGAACCAACGAGCCGACAAGAUGAGAGCACAGCAGAAAGUGCGCUUGGCUCGGAUCCGCAUGGCAAAGAAAGGAACAACCAACGCCUUCCUCCAGUACAAAGAAGACAGAGCAAUCGGGGACCGGGACAGUGACAGUACAGCUCUGUGUGUGAAGAACAGAUCAGCGUUCGAGCAUCAACAUCACCACCUGCUGCACUGUCUGGAGAAAACAACGAACCAUGAGUUCACAGAUGAGCUGACCUACAGUGAGCUCUGCAUGACCGAGUCGGUGGGCUUCAGGACCAGUCGCAGCACCUCCCUGUCCAGCCAGCAGGGGGCGCAGAACAACUCCACGGGCUGCUGCCCCCGUCGGGCCAGGAGGAGAGCCGCCAUGCGAUUGGCCAACUCCACCGUGUCUGUCAGCAGGGGGAGUGUCCAGGAGCUGGACACGCUGCACGUCAAAACCACCUCCAUCCCACCGCAAACUCGUUCCAGUCUGAACGCCCAGGCAGAAGACCUGAAGCUGAACUGUGGGGAGCAGGAUUUCACCGCCGCCAUCAUCAGCAUCCCCACGCCGCCCGCCAACACACCCGACGAGAGCCUCCCUCCGUCGCCCGCCCCGAUCCCCGGCAUCCUGCGGAACACCCGGGCCACCACCUACACCCACGACACCUUCAAAAUCUCCUCCUUAUAACCUCCAACCAUGAUGCGACCUUUUUCCCCCCUGACGCCCGACCCAACGCCCCCACCUGCCAAACCUCCAGUGAGCUCCCUCCGAACCUCCCAUCCUGAACUUGGGGCGCUGCUAAAUGAGAACACAGAUGGAUACUCAGAGUACCGCCGGUUGCUUUCACUUCCUUUCACUUUUUUUUGCGGAAUAGGUGGAAUAACGUGGAAGAUUUCACCGGACGACUCACAAAAAAGGUUUAAGGUCGAUUUAAGCCGAGAAGUCAAAGAGUUCGGACUUUGGAAAGGAAUUAUAACGUUCUUGUGAAGACUUCCCUCACCCCCUCAUGCACAUUAAAAUCCCUCAACAUGCACUUGACCCUCUGCACAAUUUAAAACCUUCUGACCAUUGCACAAAUCCAAGGAGGGUUCAUCUUAGACCAACAUUGGAAGGACGCAAAGACCUUGGGCACAUCAAAACCAGUCGAAGAGUUGGCUUUGUUGGUGUCAUUUUUGCACCGAAACUGAAACUAGUGCUUUAGAAGACGGGAUGGAAACGGCAGCUUUGGACAGUGGUUGUAUUUCUGAGACCAAAAGUGACAUGAAAACUGCCUUGAUUGGAAAUCUGAGGAGAAUUCGAGCAACUGAUGGAUUUCGGAGGCUGGUUCAGUAUCGAGCGAAAAGUGUGUUCAGACUUUGUGUCGACGACCAAACAACCCUCAGAUGCUUUUGAUUACCAAGGAAGAAACAGGAAGUGGCUAGAGCUUGAAUUAAUGCUUUUAUUUUGGCGGUUUCUUUUCUUCUACAGACUGGAGUGAAACUUCUGCUUGCUUGAGGAAAUAGUUGGACCUCUUUUGCCUGAAAUAUAAAGAUUAUAUGUUUGAUUCCUGAAGAUGUUUGGUGAUGUGUGUGAAGAGACGUUAAAUAGAGUCUGGAGUUUUGGGAGUCUGAGCUGGACUUGAGGGCUUUUCUAGGCCCUGAUUCAGCAGCUCAGCUCAUGUUCUGGACAAAAACCUUCAUCUGCAAGUGUUUCCAGAAAGCUGAAAGAACAUGAAACCCGUCAGACAGUGAUAAAAAAAAAAAAAAAAAACGCUGCUGGGACACAAGAAUCUAACAAAAAACCGAACUGACCUGAGUUUAACUGAUCUAUGCUGAGCCUGAACACUGUUCACACAACUACACUGAGCUGAUCUUAACUUAAAGGAGCUGAAAUGAACCGAUCUCAGACGUGCUGGACUUAACCCCCGAGAAAAAGGGUUGAACUGUGGAUCCAAGACCGGAUGGAUUUGGUCUGAUGUGAACUGGUCUGGUGUGGCUGUAGCUCAGAAGUGUUUUGUCAGUGUCAAACUGACGCCCAGUCGGGAUUCGAAAGCCUUUUACUUUUCAAAAUAUGCAACAUUACAACAAGCAGGAAAAUAGCAUCAACAAAAGGAACAGAAUAAUAAUAACAAUAAUAACGUGUGUGUUUAAAAACUACAGUAAUUAUUGCAGGGAACAAAAUGUAAAGCAACUAAGAAAUUCUUUUUGUUAUGUGAGAAAUAGCAUAACAAGUAUUCUGCAAUAUAGAUUUCAAUGGAAAAGGAAACGGCAUCGCCAAAAGCUGUUUAGCAUGAAAGCUGAUUUGUCGUAGUGAGGUGCAUUCUGGGUAUUUUCAACACAGAGCAGUAAAAACGUGGAGGUUUUCAGAUUUUCACACCGGAACGUGAAGCAACAAACAUUAGAUCUAAACACAAAAAAGGGGUUUUAUUGUCUUAUUUGCA